GAGGAGUUCUCGGCGUGCUCAGGCCUUGAGGGGAUCGAGGCAUAUUGGCUCCAGGCCUUCCCGAUGCCGGACAAUGUCGCGUCUCGGUUGGUAGCUAUUGAGCGCAACUUCUUGUGGGGCUCCAAACAAGCGAAAGUGGCAUGGAGCGUCAUCUGUCUACCCACACAUGAGGGUGGCUUGGGUAUCCGAGACCUUGGAAUGUGGAACACAACGCUGCAUGCAAAAAUCCUUUGGAAAGUGCACGCAAAGACGGAUAGCUUGUGGAUCAAAUGGAUUCAUACCGAGAUCAUAAAGGACGUGGACUUUUGGGAGUGGCAACCGCAUGUUAAGGAACAUUCUACCCUUAUCAAGCAUAUCUUUUCCAUUAGAGACGAGAUGAUUGCCAGAAGCUCGCGGGAAGAGACGCAACAACUUUUAACCCAAUGGAACGCAAGGGCGGACACUAAGGCCGCCUAUGACUGGUUUCGGCCAAGGGAAGACCGACGGUUUUGGGCAAAAUAUAUAUGGCAUAAGAGUAUAACGCCGAAAUACUCAUUCAUUGCGUGGUUGGCCUUGCGCGGAAGACUCUCUACCCGGGAUCGGAUUACAUGGGAAGACAUCGAUGCCACCUGCAGCCUUUGUGCUAGGGAUGAUGAGAGUGCGGACCACCUUUUCUUUAGGUGCCGAGAAACCUGGAGUGUAUGGGACAAGGUUCGGGACUGGAUCGGGCUUAGAAGAAGGCCAACAACCAUAAAAAGAGCGAUUAAGUGGCUGGUGCGAGACGGAAGGCCCUCCCGGAUACCCCAACUGGCGGGAAGUAUCGCCCUCAUGUCUACUAUCUACUAUAUUUGGAUCGCGCGGAACUCUGUUAUCAUGGAGGGGAAAACGUUUGAUAUAGCGCGUGUCUUAUAUCAAAUCAAGACAACAGUGUAUAGCAUUUUGUAUGCUAAGUUUCCUCAUGAUCAAGUCUUGCUCCAUGUGCCUGACGUUACUCACACAUAAGCUGAGGAGUUGGAAGUAUCUGCCGUCUAGGCCGAACCUUAUGGAUCCACAUAGUGCUAUCUCGGGGUACUCUUUUUCCUUAUCGGUGUCUUUUUUCCCGUUCGGGUCUUUGGCCCCGAAAGGUUUUAAUGAGGCCCAUUGCACAUAGAUAGUACUAUGAUAGUUGCUUAGUUGAUUGGAUCGCGGGCCCUGCCUGCUUGUUUCGUAGUGGGGCUCCCAUGGCUUGUACGGGACCCCUCAUCCACUUG